AAUUCAGUUGCACAAAAUAAUUUGCCACGUAUCAACUCAAAGGACGCAACCAUUUGACGCUUAACUUUUCAGAACGUUAAGUGAUUUGAAAGAUCGAAUGUUCAAAGUUUGGAGCCAUCAACUAGUAAAAGUUGCACAAAAUAAUUUGCCACGUAUCAACUUAACAGACGAAGUCAUUUGACGCUUAACUUAUCAGAACGUUAAGAAAUCUGAAAGAUCGAAUGUUCAAAGCUUCAACCGUCGACCAGUAAAAGAUAAAUCAAACGAAGUUACAAUUCCAAACAAGAACAAUAUGCUUACCAAAAACAAAUCACUGCCAUCUUAAACAAGAUGGAAUCAAGAGAAGAAAGAAAUCUGAUAUACAUUCGUCGAAUAUUUGGUGUGGUUCAAAAGAAACUUGCUCAGUUUUUAUCAAAAAUGGAACUUUCGUUACAAAUCAACCCAUGGAGAAUGGGAUGACACAAACAACAGUGGGAACACAUUUUACAAACUUGAAAUACGUGAAAGGCUUCCUCAAAGAGUAGCAAUGAGUUUUCGCAAUGGAGAUACCAGUAAAUGGGACUGUACAACAUUAUUUCAUGCAAUACUUUUUUCAAAUUCAAUUGGAAAGCAUCUUGAUGGAAAAACAAAGGAUGCUGUUGAUGCACUUCGUGUUGUAAGAAACAACGACGCACAUUCGUAUAAAAGCAAAUGCUCAGAUGAUGAUUUUGAUAAAAUGGUCAAUAUCAUUAGAAAUUCAUUUGAGCAAUUGCAGUUUUCUCUCAAGAAAAUCAUUCAAAUAUUGGCUGCUCGAAGCAGUUUUAUUUCAUUUCAAGUUCUUUCUUCUAAACCUAAUCAUUUUCUCGUUGAACGUACUGAAUUACGAGAUCAAAUUAUAAAAGAUCUUGAAAAAUUAAGGAAUGAUAACAAUAAUAAACUGACAUAUUUUACAUCACUGGAAAUCCUGGUAGUGGUAAAUCUCAACUUGCAAGACAGGUUUGUGAAAAAUAUCGUGUGAUUGGAAAAGUGGAACUUCGUUUGUAAUGAUUCUCGAUGGAAAGAAUGAGGAAUCUCUUUUAGAAACUUACUGUAAGCUUGGAUCCCAAUUAAACUGUGACAAGUAUAUGAUUGAAAAAAUUGAAGAUAAAAACUGUUCCAUCACAGACAAAGUGAAGAAUUUGCAAACAUUAAUAUUAACUCGAAUAACAUUCUUGCAAAAUUGGUGGAUUAUUGUAGACAACGUGGUACAGCUCAGCAAAAUUUCUCCGUUACUUCCCCAAGUGGGUGAUCCCAUGUGGAUAAAUGGACAAAUCAUAGUAACUAUCCAGAACACAGAUGCCGUACCUCAAGAUGAUGAGUUUAACAAACAUAUUUCUAUCAGAAGUGGAAUGAAUGAUAAAGAAUGUUGUCAGUUGUUGAAUUCUUACACUAAAGAUGAAAAUGCUGACGAUCAAUUGUUGAAAGAAGUUUCGCACGCAUUAGAUCGUCAACCGCUGGCUUUGGCUGCUGCUGGUUAUUACGUCAGUCGUGUAAAGAAAGUAAAUUGUUUAUUUACUUGGAGUCAAUAUUUAGUGAAAUUAUCUUGUGGAGAACAAGAAGACAUGGACGCAGAUUUUGUUGAGUUCAACACGGUAUAUUCCAAAAGUAUGUUACAAGCUACACUUUCAGCUGUUAGACGAAAUGCUAAAAUAUCUUCAAUCUUUGCCAAGGUUAUUAGCUUUUUCUCCAUGAUAUCGUUUGAUCCUAUACCACGUGAUAUCAUUGCUUCUUUUGUUCAAAAUAUUGAUCCCAGCGUUUCUUUCAAAGAUAUUUGUCUGCACUUACAGGACUGUUCUUUGUUCUUGAAUUCAGAAAAUAAUGACAUUAGUUUACACCGCAUUGUUUACAAAGCAAUUAUUGUUUAUCAAUCUGAACAUUCAAAUAAUGAAUAUAAAAUGGAAAGCAACGUUGAUCAAACAUCUAAAGCACUUUAUAUGUUUAAAGAAAGAGACGACGAAAUCAAAUUGAUGCCACAUCUUGCAAAAUUUUUUCAAAUAUUAAAGACCAAAAAAAUAAAAAUCGACUUGAAUACUUUACAAUAUCUGGGUAAUGUGCUUAAAAAAACUGGAAAGUACGACAAAGCUAUAGAGUUUUACGAAAAGUUUUAG